UUUAAUUUCUAAAGAACACAAUAGGUUGUUAGAAAAGGUUCGACACUUGUACAAAAUUUUGUACAGUGGAACCGGUACGAUCUUCCUAGGACCAACCAACAGAAUCACCACCGAUGAUCAUUCUAAUUUCACCCCGAGCGGCAUUGUUUCGAUUCUCCUCCUCCCAAGCUGAAGGCCUAGUCCGCUCAGUAAAAGCUCGAACGGGACUUGUGUUAUUUCUUCUUUACGACUAACGAUGGCGUUGUUCGUCCGCCAAUCUAUCUUCUUUUCUUCGCCCAUCCGACCGGUGUUGAUGUCAUCGCUCAGGAGUCGGUGAACAAUAAUGGUAUCUUAGAGGAGUCGAUUGACUGGAAAUCAACGUCAGGUCAUAGCAGCCGCGCGUGUUGUGCGUCGUUGACUGAUGGAAGGAGCAAAACAACGAUGCCCAUGACUUGCCUUUCGUAGCUUUUAGGCUACAUGCUGCAUGUCAUGUGUUCUUGGCUUCCUGUGCGACUGUGCUACUCCCGAUCAGGGGCCCUUUGGUGGUUGAUGAAUGGUGGGCGACCGCCGUUCUAAGGGACCAGUGUGCUCGGCAGGCGCUUCCUUCCUUCACGCCAUCUGGGCUUCCUCCACAUUUAUAUAUUCAGUGGCCUGCCUAAGUAGGUGGUCGAAGUCUUUUAGCGGCCUUUGGAUGAGGGAGAUGAAGAAUUCCCCUUCGGUAAGCCCUUGGGCGAAGGCAUUUACCAAUAUCUCCGAGGAGACCGAUGCAAUGUCCAUGGCCACCUGAUUGAACCGCUUAAUGUAUGCCCUUAGUGCCUCGUUGGGUCCUUGCUUCAACGCGAACAGGUUAACACUUGUCUUCUCGUAGCGGUGACUGCUGGUGAAGUGGUGCAAGAAUGCCACUCAGAAGUCUUUGAAGUUAUGGAUUUAUCCGACCGGUAAUCACCUAAACCAGUGCUGCACUAAUCAGGAAAGGGUGCUGAGGAAGACUCGGCACUUCACUCCGUUAGUGUACUAAUAGAGUGUGGCCGCAUUAUCGAACAUGGCCAGGUGGUCGUCCGAAUCGAUCGUUCCAUUGUAUUCCCCAAUCAUCAGUGGGGUGUAGUCGAGGCAAGGGGUCGUCCAAGAUCCUCGGAGAGAACUGCCAGUUGAUCCACUAGGCGAAUCAUCAUUUCUUGGUGCUUCCCCUUUUGUGCAUCUCGAAUGGGUGCGUUGUUCGAGGAGGAUCCUGGUUCUCUGCCCAUUCGACAUUGCUCCUCUGAUGAAGUUUGGAACAACGCGCGAUGAAAGGGGAUCGACAUAUUGGGCGAUCCCCGUAUGUGCCGGUCGGCUUCUUAUUCUGCCAUCGAACGAAUACAUGUUUCGCUCGAUCUCUAUAUAUAGCUUGCUGCCCCGUUGUUAAUGUCAUGGGCUCAUGUACCUAGCGCUCGGCCAGCGACUGUUGUUGUUGUUGCUCCACCAUUUUUGUUACUCGUGCUUGUAUCAACAUAUCUAAUUCCUCCUUUGUCAAUUUCACUAUUAUGAGUCAUCCAACGCCCUCUAUCUUCGCAUUUCGGAUACAGGCUACGUUCCCACAUACGACGCCAAUAUGCUCCUGUCUAAAAAUCAUGAAGAAGGCUAGCUGGGGAUGUAGCUUCUGGGUUGACCGCUUGUAGACCUCGCUCCGCUCUGCAAUACAAGAAGCGUCAGUGCCGAGCCAAGGAAGGGCCCCCAACAUUAGCCCUCCAACGCUCAAGUCAGUCACCGGAAAAAUGAAAAAAAGCGGAGCAACAGUAAGCACAGACGUGAAUAGUGAAUAACGCGUACCUCUGCCGGUGCAUAGGCCUUCCUUUAUAUAGCGCCUCAGCGGGCGACGUGCACGCUUCUCAAGGCAUGGGCAUGUUCUCCAAAUUAUCCUAUGAAAGGACAUGUCAGAAAAAUGGCUCUGAUACCAUACUUUAACAGGACACGCAAAUUCCUUACAAGAUUGUAGAAGCUUUCAUCAUACGAUCCGCUUGUUGACCAUGCAUCGAUGUCAGCAGUAUUAUCUCCCAAAGGGAUAUCAAUGGAUAUGAGAGAGGUCCCAUUGCUUGGUCAAGCGGAGGAGUCACUCGGUUGGGGAUCUCGGCUCGGUAGACCUCUGCUUCCCUGUAAUGACUUGGUUCGGUAGAUUAUUUCCACCCGACUAGGCAAGCGCUCCGGUCGUCUUAACAUUCCUCCGCUCCAUGAUGAACACAUGAUGUUCUUGCUGCAGUGCUCUUGGCUGUACGGAUGUUCUGCUUGGACCAAUCAUUUAUCGAUCGGAUACUUAAUGCCUGAUCAGCAACUGAGUAGACAUCCGCUCAGCUCAUCUUUAGUGAACUUGUUGUUAUCUGGUAUUGAUCACCAUAACUUUAACUUCUAUAUUGAUUGGUAUCUCCAUUUUUUACUCUCACUUGAUGAACCUCUUUUUAUCAUCACAUCAGUGUGACUACUAAGUGAGCCUACAACUACCAAGAAGUGGGAGAGGAACAAAACGGUUUGAUUUAGAGAUCACUAGAUCUGCCUAAACACCAACAGUCAAAUCAAAUAAUUAUAUUCUUUUGUUGCUGCAAACUAACAACAACUGCCCUAUUUACACAGGUCUCAUGCAUUCUCUAAGACUACUACUACUGGGACACUGUCCCAGGGCUAUGGUGUCCGUAGUGAGAUAUUCAUGUCUUCUCUAAGACUACUAUUACUGGGACACUAUCCCAGGGCUAUGGUGUCCUUAGUGAGAUAUUCAUGUUGUUAUUUAGAUAUCCAUAGUUCGAUCCUAGUUAUAAUAUAUUUAUAGAAAUUUUAUCUCCAAAUGAUAAUCGUAAUCAUAGGAUAUUGGACUCUUAGGCUGCUCGUUGUAUGCGCUUCCCGAUUUAUCCUGAUAAUCGAUAAGAAAUUUUCGUGAGAUCAAGUUGAUCAUCAAGGAUAAUGAGAUUAACGGAGAGUAUUAUUAUUUUAUUUAUUUAUUUAUUUUUUCUUAAAACUACUAUUACUUCCCUUAUGAUAUUAUUCGAGUACUUGCACCACAACCACCAUGCUCAGCUCACUUAUGUCUUCCACCGGCGGAGGCAAGGCUGGAGCUCAUCAACAUGACUCCAGCCUCCAACAUUGUGAUCCCGUUUUCUCUUCUUUCCCCGUGCGGCAGCUUCUCAUCCGCUGCGCAGAUCUUGUCCACCACGGCGACCUCCCCGCCGCAGGCCGUGCCAUCUCCUCCCUCCUCUCCGUGGCCAACACUGGCUCUGACGACGCCACCGACCGCCUCGUACGCCAAUUCUGCAGAGCGCUCUCCUUCCGCAUCGCCGGACGUCCAGGCUGUUGCCCCCCGUCCUCCUCUGCCUACUUCCUCUUCAACCAUAUCGCCCCCUUCCUCCGCUUCGCCCACCUGACUGCGAACCAGGCCAUCCUCGAGGCCGCGGCUGGUUGUCGCCAAGUCCACAUCCUCGACCUCGACGCUCACCACGGCCUGCAGUGGCCGCCUCUCCUCCAGGCCAUCUCGGCAGCCGGAGAUAUUCAUCGUCCCCCUUCGAUCAGGAUCACUGGCGCGGGGAGCGACUUCGAGACUCUCUGCCGCACCGGCCAUCGCCUGAGCGCCUUCGCGCAUUCUUGCGACUUGGACUUCGAUUUCCGACCUCUUCUCCUUCCUGACCACCGUCCCAACUAUGAUCGCAUCCUCAAUCAGCUCGUCCAUGGCGAAACCCUUCUGGUCAACUGUGUUCUCUUCCUCCACAAGCUCCAAAACGAAGAACUCCUCACUUUUCUCAGAACUCUCAAAGCAAUUAAACCGGCGGUGGUGACGGUGGCGGAGAGGGAAAUGCCGCCGCUGCCAACCCACAGCUCCCCGGACUUCAUCCAACAAUUUGCCGCCACAGUGGAGCACUACUCGGCAAUGUUCGAGUCGCUAGAGGCCACAUUUCCGCCGUGGAGCCGGGAGAGGUCGGAAGUAGAGCAAUCAUGGCUAGGGAGGGAGAUUCAAGGUGCAGUCGCCGGCGGCGAGUCACACAGGUGGUCGGAAAAGUGGGAGUUUGCAAUGCGAAGUGCCGGAUUCAAGAGCAUUCCGCCGAGCAGGUUUGCCGUGUCACAAGGAAGAAUGUUAUUGCGACUCCAUUACCCGACGGAAGGGUACAAUGUGGAGGUGGAGAAGGAGAAGGAGGAGUUCUUCUUCCUGAGGUGGAAGAACAAGCCUCUCUAUUCAGUCUCCUCAUGGAAAUAAAAAAAAAAAAGGCAUGGUCAUAUGGCAUAGUUAUCUUACAUAAAUUAAUAACUACUAAGGAAUUAAUAUUUGAUUAGUUAAGUUAUUAUAAAUAAUUAAUGGCCACUUUGAUCAUGUAUUACAUAUAUGUCAAGUUAAUUAGAGUGUAGAAGGCCCUUAUCAUUGUGCAAUUGUAAGACGUUCAAGUAGUUUUCUAAGCACUCACCAUUUGAAUUUCAACUAUAACACAUUAUUGGACAUUUUCCUCCCGCGCCACUCUGUGGGCCAGGUCGAAAAAAAAAAAUAGAGCCUAGAACUAAUUGUAAUCAAAGCUAAGAACCCUAAUGUAAGCUAGUUGUAUAUAUUGUGGGUGAUGUGUUCAGAGAGAAACCCUAAUUUUGGUUACUUGUUGUACUCUAUAUAUAAGGGUAAGAAACCCUAAUUCCUCUAUGCAAGCUACUAGGGUUUCAAUUGUUUUUUAUUAAUUAUCUACCUGUGCCCCUUUUGAAUGUAAUGUGAUCAUGAUUUGCUUUAUAUAUGUACCCAUGACUAGUUAAUUGCUUAUCAAAAUGGCAUGUUGAUCCCUUGUCAAUACAUUUUUUAUUUCCAAACUACAACAUGCACACUUCAACUCUUAUCAUCCUUGUAAGUGCUACAACCGUGUAAUUAUAGUAGAUAUAAAAUACUACCUAUUACUUGCGUAGUAGUUAUCAUCUUGUAGUUGCUACAAUCACAUCGAAAAACACAAAUGUACAGAGGUAGAAUAGGAUAUAUAGCAUCCUUGUAAGUUUUCCCCAUUAAUUAAUAUGAAGGAUAUAUAUUGUUGUUUUUAUUUAACUAACUAAUCAUGGAAGAAGUUUAAUAGUGAUCUUUGUUAUAGAGAUCCUUUAGGUUGAUAUAUAACUAGUUAUGCAUAUUGCACAGACCUAUAAGAUCCUUCGAUAUAUAUCCUAAGAUGGAUCACAGAUCAAUCGUAGACUAUUAAGUCCAGCACAUAUAUGUAACUGUGGAAUAUUCUGACAUAUUUGUUUCCUUGUGAUGAUUUUGUAUGAAAAAACCAUGGCAUACAACUUGUGAUGUAACAUGCACAAAGAGGGGAGGAAGAUGGAAGUCAUACGCCUGCCACAGUUGCUGGUUUGGCCUCUAAAUGCUCCAACUUGUGCAUCUGACAAAGUUACAAAUGAUAAAGAUGGCACAUAUGGUUGAAAAUUUUAGUAUACGAUGUAUAAUUUUCUUAAAGAAAAAGAACUUUUUAAUUAUCAACUUCCUUUUGGUCAUGUUAACUACUGAGGUCAGAGUUUCAGUGUCAACUAUAAUCUACUGUAAUUAACACUAAAAAAAGGGUUACGUUGUGCCAUCCCUGUCAUCAGCUUUGCAAUCCGACAGACUUCUGAGUACGUAGAUGAUCCUGUCGAUCGAUCCAUGCACGCACGCAAAGAAAGGAACUCAGAGAAGAGAAGAUGGCAUUUGCUGCUUCAAGUUAAACUCAAAGAAAGGAACAAAGUUACAAAAAAGCUAGCCUUUGAGAUAAAUCUAAUAAUUAUGAUCAACAGCAGUGUCAGACAAACUAUAUAUAUAUUCAGUAGGAGGAUUCCUGACUGCUUUUCAGUAUUCACGGAUGUGAAUCUUCUAGCCUGGCAUUUGGGUUUA